GUUUCCCCAUCCUGCCGCGGACUCUGAAGUCGGAGUAGCUUGGUAGAGGAGCUCCAGCUUCGUGCAGUUUGGAAUAGGUAUGAGUGAUUUCAGUGACGAACUGACAAGGCCUGAGACAGAGGAUGACCAGGUGGAACCGUCUGUGCCCUCUGGUACAGGAAUGCAUUUUCCUUGGCUUCAAAAGCAUAUAGAAACUGUGGCUACUGGAGGGAAGAAGGAGAAGGAUUUUGCUCAGACCACAGGUGCUUGUUUAAGUUUUAUCCAAGAAGCUCUGCUGAAGCACCAGUGGCAGCAAGCUGCAGAAUACAUGUACAGUUAUUUUCAGACUUUGGAAGACUCAGACAGCUGUAAAAGGCAGGCUGCGCCUGAGAUUAUUUGGAAACUUGGAAGUGAAAUUCUAUUUUAUCAUCCCAAAAGCAGUGUAGAGACUUUCAAUGCCUUUGCCGACAGGAUGAAAAAUAUCGGCGUUCUAAAUUAUUUAAAGAUCUCCUUACAACAUGCUCUAUACCUUCUGCAUCAUGGAAUGCUUGAGGAUGCGAAAAGAAAUCUAAGUCAGGCAGAGACAUGGAGAUACGGUGAAAAGUCAUCAUCCCAGGAAAUAUUAAUCAAUCUUAUUCAGGCCUAUAAAGGGCUUUUGCAGUAUUAUACGUGGUCUAAAAAAAAGAUGGAAUUGUCAAAACUCGAUGAAGAUGAUUAUGCUUAUAGCACAGCAACACAAAAUAUGUUCAAUCACAGCUGGAAGACAUCUGUUAAUCUUGGUGCAUUGAUUCAAAUUCCUGGUGUUUGGGAUCCUUUCGUGAAGAGUUAUGUAGAGAUGCUGGAAUUCUAUGGGGAUCAAGAUGGUGCCCGAGAAGUACUCACCAAUUAUGCGUAUGAUGAGAGGUUUCCAUCCAAUCCGAAUGCCCAUGUCUACUUAUACAGCUUUCUGAAGAGACAGAAGGCACCAAGAGCGAAACUGCUAAGUGUGCUUAAGAUUUUGUAUCAGAUUGUACCAUCUCAUAAACUGAUGUUAGAAUUUCAUACAUUACUUAGAAAAUCAGAGAAAGAAGAACACCAUAAACUUGGGCUGGAGGUACUGUUUGGAGUCUUAGAUUUUGCUGGAUGCACUAAGAAUAUAACUGCUUGGAAAUAUUUGGCAAAAUAUUUGAGACAGAUCUUAAUGGGAGACCACCGAGCAUGGGUUCAGGAAGAGUGGAACUCUAGGAAAAACUGGUGGCCCAGCUUUCAUUUCAGCUACUUUUGGGCAAAAAGUGAUUGGAAAGAAGAUACAACUUUGGCAUGUGAGAAAGCUUUUGUAGCUGGAAUACUCUUAGGAAAAGGUUGUAGAUAUUUUCGAUAUAUUUUAAAACAAGAUCAUCAAGUCUUGAAGAAGAAAAUUAAGCGGAUGAAGAAAUCAGUAAAAAAAUACAGUAUUGUAAAUCCAGGACUCUGAUACUGAAUUUUAGUCAUUUAGAGGUGGCUACAUUAGAUAGUUUAAUGAAUGUAUUUAUUUGUUGUUUUAAGAAGGUGGUUUAUAUAGCUCCAGAAAGUUAUUUUUGUAUUUUUUAAUUACCAUUUAUAGGUAGAGAAAUGAUCCCACUGCCUUUGCUAUUUAUAAAUAUCAUGUAUAUGUUUCCUUUUUUAUAACGUUAAAUAUAACAUUUAUUAAAGGAUAAUUCUUCAAAUAUAAAAUCUGUUUAAUUAGAGAAUUUGCUCUAACUAGUUAUUAUUUCUGGAUAAUUUUUCUCUAAUUAUUAUGUAAUAAAAUGUAAUUUGUAAUUCUG